ACAUCCUGGACAAUGCAAGACACCCCUGACACCUUGACGGACCUCCACCACCCCUGCGUGAGGAGCUGCGUGGAGGGGGACAGGCGAGAGUGCCACUACAUCUUCACCGUGGAGUGGUACAGGAGUCUGAGCCUCGAGUGUGGUGACUGUCCCUUCAACCACACACACUGCGCCUCCCACCACUGUGUUUUCGCCGACGGUGUGCAGAGGCCGCUGGUGACGGUGAACAGAAGGCUCCCCGGCCCCUUCAUCCACGUAUGCCAGUGGGACGAGGUGGUGGUGAAUGUGGAAAAUGACCUCCAUCUUGACUCCACCUCCAUCCACUGGCACGGCAUCCACCAGCGCGGCACUCCUUACAUGGAUGGAGUGCCCUUCCUCACCCAGUGCCCCAUUCUGCCUGGCACCACCUUCAGGUAUCGCUUUGUUGCAGACGAGCCGGGCACUCAUUAUUGGCACUCGCAUUCAGGAUUUCAAAGAACGGAUGGCAUGUUUGGCGCGCUAGUGGUUCAUCAAGUGCCGGCCAGCGACCCUCACGUGACCCUUUAUGACACAGAUGACCCCAAACACACGCUCGUGCUCACUGAUUGGCUGAAUGGUCUGAGCUUUCACAAAUUCAUCAACUUGCAUUCAGCGCAGGACCAAGACAAGCCCCACACAUUGCUGAUCAACGGGAGAGGAAGAUUUCUGACGCACAAGAGAGGCAAUGAGGAGGCAACCACACCGCUACAUGAAGUCACAGUGAAGGCCGGCAAGAGGCACCGCUUUAGGACACUCAGCAACAGCAUUAGAAACUGUCCCAUAGUGAUUUCCGUUGACAACCACACCUUGCUUGUCAUCGCCGCGGAUGGACACCCAAUACAACCCAUAACAGUCGACUCCCUGACGAUAUACGGGGGGGAGAGGUGGGACUUCGUGCUCACAGCCAAUCAGGAGCAGGGAACGUACUGGAUUAAAUUUCAAGGUCUUAUGCACUGCGGGACACGUCACAAGGCAGCCUAUCAGUUGGCAGUGCUGCGGUACGAGGGGACAGAGGGCGUGCCGGACACCAGAGCGCCCACGUCCUACCACACCACAAUACGGGAAGGUUUCCAACUGAACACCCUGGACAACGCCCCUGGGGAUGGCACCUUUCUGACUGCCGCCGAGAUGAGGUCAGUGACGCCCACGAAGGAGGACAUCAGCAGACACCCUGACCACACCUUCUGGCUCAACUUUAACUUCUACGCCACCAAGAACCCCCCUCAAGUAAUGGUACACAUCAACGGAAUCUCCUUUAAGCUGCCCUCUGCCCCGCCUCUCUACCAGCCCAAUGUCGACACCAGCAUCUUCUGUAACGAGACCUCCAGGAAGAACUGUGAUGAGGGGUUCUGUCACUGCCCGCACGUCCUUACUGUGAAACAAGACAGCCUGGUGGAGGUUGUUCUGGUUGAUGAAAGUUUCGUUAAUCACCCCUUUCAUCUCCACGGGCACUCCUUUUACGUAAUUGGCAUGGGGCAGUUUGGACCUGGAAUUACGAAAACGAAGGUUCAGGAGCUCGAUGCCUCAGGACAGGUGAACCGGAACUUCGAACAUGCGCCUCUGAAAGAUACAGUCACCGUGCCUAGUGGGGGGUACACCGUUCUCCGUUUUCUUGCUUCUAAUCCAGGUUACUGGUUGUUCCACUGCCACCUCACCUUCCACGUUGAGAUGGGGAUGGCGAUGGUGUUCUACGUAGCAGGCAACCACGCCGCGCCGCCACCACCAGACGACCUCCCCCGCUGCGGCCUCUCUGGAAUUGAUGCCUUGUAAUUUUGUGACCAGGAGGAAGAUGGCGCUGUUUACUGUUCCUUUCCACCUUGGGGCAGAAAAAUAACUUUCAGAAUAUAGAAAAUACACAGGAAUACAUCAGGUUAUAACACACAGCAACACUAGAUGAAAGCACAGCAACACUAGAUGACAGCACAGCAACACUAAAUGAAAGCACAGCAACACUAGAUGACAGCACAGCAACACUAAAUGAAAGCACAACAACACGACCACAACACAGCAACACAGCAACACUCCAAACACCACAGCUUAUCAAAUACUUCCAAAAAAUCCACCAAUGAAAUGUUAACACGAAGGUCAGGACACUAAAAUUUUAAUGAACAACAAAAUAAAACUACA